AUGGAGGUGAAUAGGACCCAGCUGACUGAGUUUGUUCUCAGAGGAAUAACAGAUCGUGCAGAGCUGCAAGUCCCCCUGUUCCUGGUGUUCUUCUUUAUCUAUGUCAUCACCAUGGUGGGCAACCUUGGCUUAAUCUUUCUCAUCUGGAAGGACCCCCAUCUUCAUACUCCUAUGUACCUUUUCCUUGGAAGUCUAGCCUUUGCUGAUGCCUGUACUUCAUCCUCUGUGACUCCCAGGAUGCUUGUCAACAUCUUAGACAAUGGGAAAAAGAUUUCUCUCUUUGAAUGCAUGGCCCAGUAUUAUGUUUUUGGAUCCAGUGCAACCACAGAAUGUUUCCUCCUGGUAAUGAUGGCCUAUGACCGCUAUGUCGCCAUAUGUAACCCUCUGUUCUAUCUUGUGGUGAUGUCCAACAGAAUGUGCACUUGCCUGAUAAGUGUUUCAUAUAUAAUUGGUUUUCUUCAUCCACUUAUCCAUGUAGGAUUAUUAUUUAGAUUAACAUUUUGCAGAUCCAAUGUAAUAGAUCAUUUCUACUGUGAGAUCUUGCCACUCUAUACAAUCUCUUGCACUGACCCAUCUAUUAAUGCAUUACUGGUCUUCAUAUUUGCUGCUGUCAUACAAGCUAUUACCUUCAUGAGUAUCAUAGUCUCCUAUGCCUGUGUCCUCUUUUCCAUCCUGAAAACAAAGUCGGAGGGGGGCAGAAACAAGGCUUUCUCCACCUGCAGUGCCCAUCUGCUCUCUGUCUCUUUGUUCUAUGGCACUCUCUUCUUUAUGUAUGUGAGCCCUGGGUCUGGACCAAGUAAAUAUAAGGAUAAAAUUUAUUCACUGUUCUACACCAUCGUGAUUCCUCUGCUAAACCCCUUUAUUUAUAGCUUAAGAAACAAGGAAGUUUUAGGUGCUCUGAGAAAAUUUGUAAAACCCUAA